AUGGAUUCAAUGCAGUUUUCCCUCCCAAGCAAAUCUACAACCCAUGCCCUGGACUAUCUGUUAUAUUCCAUUCUUGCAGCUCUCGAGUCAGGUCAAUGCUCUGUUAGAAUAUUCUUCGCAGACUUUAGAAAAGGAUUUGAUCUGGUCGACCACAACAUUAUAAUCGACGAACUAAAACGACUCGAUGUCCACCCUUCCAUCGUUCGUUGGAUUUAUGAUUUCCUUACCGAUCGCGAACAAUGCGUAAAAAUUGAUAAUUAUUAUUCCUCAUGGAAGAAAACUAAUGGUGGUCUACCUCAAG